AAGCGUUCGCUUUUUGAGGAGGAAAACAAUUUUUCAGCAGUGCACGUGAAAUAUCCUGGGAAAUCCGACUUUUUCACAUUCAUCGCCAUGUCUGACGAGUAUUUCUUUGGUAUUACGCUGACCAGCGAGAAGAACACACACACAUGGGAUCCGUACAGUAAUAUCGACGAUGCGGAGAUGGUGGUGCCCAACAAGCUCCUCAUCAAGCAGAUCCUGCUGGACGUCACGGCCAAGGAGGGAGAAUAUCAUGUUGUUGAGGUGACCGCUCCCACGUGCAUGGACGAGGUGAAGAUCCCCAUCGCCGUGCUGAAGGUGGGUGAGCUGCGAUCGGUGAGCAUGGAGCUGGAGUUCCCGGACGCGCCGGUCACAUUCAAGCUGGUGCAGGGCCAGAGCCCCGUGCACAUCCUGGGACACCAUCUAAUCGGCGAGUCGAGUGAGGAGGAGGAGGAGAUCUGGGAGGCGGACUACUCGUCUGGCGACGAGGAGGGUGAGAAUGCUGAGGAUGACGAAGAGGCUGCGGCCCGAAAGAAGAAGAAGCUCACAAACAAUCUCAAGGCGGGCGGCACAAAAGGCGCCGUAAAGGCUAAAAAGAAGUAGAGAAAAAGCGAGGUGAAAUUACUUCCACACACACACACUUUUUCCCCCUUCUUCGUGACAGAAUUUUCUUCUUUUUUUCCUUUGAGUCCUCUGAAUCUGUAUAAGAAAAUAAAAAAAAAUGUAAUUCGAA